AUGUCGAUGAAGGCCACACCGGGUGGGCCAUUCCCUGCCGAAACCUGGGACAACAUCGUCGACCACUUGUGGAACGACCGAAACGCGCUUGCGGCAUGUAGUUAUACUUGCCAUGCCCUGCUUCCCGCGUCUCGUUAUCAUAGGUUCCACUGCGUCAGCCUCUACAGAAGUCAUCAUUACCAUUCCUUCGAAACCCUGCUCGUUGAGUGUCAAUACGUGGCCCAAUACGUCCGCGUGCUUUACAUCUCUGGGUCGUAUCGGAAUAACCCUUCGGGAUGGCUCUACCUCCUCCAGAAGCUAUGUCGCCUUUCGCACCUCACUUUGGAGGGGUUCCCUUUUCGCAUUCCCGAAGAAUUCAGGAGCGAUCUCAGGCUGCGCUCCCUCAUACCGCACUUGAGGACGCUGAAGAUCUGUGCGAUGCAGAGCGACGGAGAUGACCUAGCUUCAUUGAUCUGUGCUUCGGGCGCGUUGUCAACUUUAACCCUUCUCGAUUCGUCUAUCUCAUCGGAGGAUAGAUGGUCAUCAGCUCUUUCCGUGGACGGCUCGCUCGGAUGCAACGUCGAUACGUUCAUUUGGGUUCCUCACCAUGGAUUCACAGCCAAACCGAACCUGGAUAUGCUCACCAGGUGGUUCGAGGGCGGGCAGCGAUGCCUACGGAGACUGGCUACAACGGAGAUCGGCUCAGAGUUCACUCCGCAUUGGUUGGUGCAGAAGCUGCUCGACGCGUCAGGUGACUUCCUGGAACACUUGUUCCUUCACUUCCCUGACCGGCCGCUCUCGGGGGAUGACUCUCCGAAGCCGGUGUCCAUCCCUGAUCUUGGCAACAACACUCGUCUCAAAACGCUACACAUGGCAUUCGGCCACUGUCCCCCUGACAUAACUAGCAAGCUGUGUACACCGAGCGCCCGUGACGCGUUCGGUAGUCUGGCACUGGUGGUCAUCCGUAUCGUGGUUCAUGAAGAUUACCGGGAGAUAGACUGGCAGGACCCCUGUAUUGAACUCGGCGAUCUCUGUCUUGACCAUCCUCUCCUCAACUUGGUCAUCUGCUUUGAAUUCAGAGGCCGGGCUGAUGCAUCAACCUUUGCGCGGAAGGUCAUUCGCUUCGUACAACGGCUCCCAACUCUUCAUCGGACAGGAGGGAGAGUGCGUUUUGGCAUUGUCUGGAUGGGUCACAGUGACUCAUUCUUUACGAGAGGCCUCGAUGGCAAGUACCAUGCGCCGGAGUACUUUCUCGGUGAUCCGGAAUGGUACCACUAG